AUGAAUUUUGUCGAUGCUAGCAACAGCAACACACCCACUCUUACGCCACCUACUAGAGAAUCCACCCCUAGUUUUUCUAUUUCAAAAGCCAUAAAUAGAGGAAAAUCUGAUCCAGCAUGGGCACAUUGCAAGGAAGUACCAUCAGCAAAUGGAAGGAAGAGGCUACUAUGCUUGUAUUGCUCAAAAGCUCUCUUCGGUGGCGGUAUAAAUCGGUUUAAGCAACAUUUGGUGGGAUUAAAAGGAAAUGUAGAGGCAUGUUGGAAGGUACCGGAUGCUGUUCGAUUUAGAAUGCAGGAACAUCUGGUUGGGCAUAUGUUAGAAAAGAAAAGGAAGUAUGAUAUGUUAGAUGAACAAAAUCCAUAUGCUCCACCCUCUGAGCAUGACAAGGAGAUAGUAGAAAUGACACAUCUUCAUUCAAAAGCAAAAGGAAAGGCAGCUCAAUCCAAGACAGCGAUGCCAAACAAGAUGAAAAUUAAUUCUUACUUCGAACCGAGAACAACACCGGGAGCUCAAAGGACACUCAAGAGUGUUUUGCAAAGCAAAGAAGUCACCGAGAAGUGUGAUCUUACCAUUUCUAAGUGGAUGCUGGCUCCAAGAAUACCGUUUAAUACGGUUAAUUCUCUUUAUUACCAACAAGCAAUCGAUGCCAUUGCUAGCAUGGGGGUAGAUUAUAAAGGUCCGAGUUUUCAUGAUCUUCGAGGAUACUUAUUGACAAAAAAUGUUGAGGAGAUGCUUCAAAAUAUGAAGCAUCGACAGACUUGGGAGAUGCUUUACAAAUUAUUCAGAGAGGUGGUCCUAUUUGUUGGUCAAGAGAAUGUUGUUCACUUUGUGACUGACAAUGCCGCUAACUACGUGGCUGCUGGUCGCUUGUUGGAGCAGGAGUUUAGGACAAUAUUUUGGUCUCCUUGUACGGCUCAUUACAUUAAUUUAAUUCUUAGUGAUAUUGGUAAGUUGGACGAGGUGAAUGAUAUUGUGACUCAUGCUUCAAAGAUUGCUAAGUAUAUCUACAAUCAUUGCUUUGCAUUGAAUCUGAUGAGAAAAUUCACUAGUGGACAAGAAAUUCUACGCCCUACUCCAACUCGUUUUGCCACUAAUUUCAUUGCAUUGCAGAGUGUUUUGGCACAACAUAAUGCUUUGAGGGCGAUGGUAACAUCUAGUGAAUGGACUAGUUCAAGCCAUGCAAAGGAAAGUAAAGCAAAAGAAUUUGUGAAACUGUUAUUUGUGGAUUCUUUCUGGUCUGAAUGUGCAGCCAUGGUGCAGAUUAGUGAACCUCUUGUUCGUGUGUUACAUAUUGGUGAUAGUGAUGAAAGGCCUGCUAUGAGAUUUUUGCUUGAAGCAAUGUACAAAGCUAGGGAAGAGAUGUUGAAAAGAUUCAAUAAGAGAAAGAAGAAGAUUGAGCCGUAUAUCAACAUUCUUGAUGCUCGAUGGGAUAGGCAACUCCACAAGAACUUGCAUGCUGCUGAGUAUUGGAACUACUUCAAGGGUAGAAAUUAUGACCCAAUUGACUUCGAGAAGUUUGCUUCUUAUUCUACAUGGGUACUAGAGGAAGAGCCACUGGCCCUAUCAAAUGAAGAAUUGCGAACAUUUAGACGGGAUUUGCAAAUGUGCAUUCAAGAAAAUGGAAAUGAUGAUUCGUUGGAUUUGAAUUUGGAAGAUCUUGAUAUGGAUGAUGGGGCUGAAGAUAAUAUUGAUGGAGGGAAUGUCAGUGACCGAGUCCAAGAAAAUCCAUUGUUUGAAGCUCCUGAAGCACCACAUGAUGCUGCACCUGAAGACAAUAUUUGUGGAAAUUAUGGUGGAGAUUGGAGUGCAUGA